CUGGGCGCCAUCUUCUCCUUCGUCUCCAAGGACGCGGUGGCCAAGGUGCAGAUCAUGGAGAACUACUGCCGCGGCGAGCAGCGGGAGAAGUACGUGUCGCUGCAGUCCAUGGUGGAGUACGAGCUGGCCAGCGGGCUGGUGGACGUCCAGAAGCGGUCGGGGCGGCCCGACUCGGGCUGCCGCACCGUCCUGCGCCUCCACAGGGCCCUGCGCUGGCUGCAGCUCUUCCUGGAGGGUCUGAGGACCGGCGGGGGGGACUCCCGGACUUCGGUCAUCUGCACGGACUCCUACAACGCUUCCCUGGCGAGCUACCACCCCUGGAUCGUUCGCAAGACUGCCACGGUGGCCUUCUGCACGCUGCCGCCCCGAAACGCCUUCCUCGAGAUCAUGAACGUGGGCACGCCCGAGGAAGCUGUCGCUAUGCUGGGUGAGGCCUUACCCCACAUCUGCGAUGUCUACGGCAUCACCCAGGAGCUCUUUGCCCAGCAUAAGCUGCUCGACCUUCCUUGA